GACAUGGGCCUGUAUGAAAAUUCAUAUAAAACUUAGGCCACAUUGAAUAGCCCAAAACCCAAUUCGAUAACCUGCGAUUUCUUUCUUUCUUUCUGCAACUCCAUUUUCACAACAACAAUGGCGACUAAUUUCUGGGCAUCAACGCACUACAAAGAACUGCUGGAACAAGAAGAAGUGGAUGUGGUGCAUAAUCUUGAUAAACAAAGGGGAAUUACCCUUGAUGAUUUCAAGUUAAUCAAAUUGCAUAUGUCCAAUUACAUUGCGAAAUUGGCUCAAAGUGUGAAAGUGAGGCAAAGGGUUGUCGCGACUGCUGUAACAUAUAUGAGACGUGUAUAUACAAGGAGAAGUAUGACUGAAUAUGACCCGCGUCUACUUGCCCCAUCUUGCUUGUAUUUGGCGGCAAAAUCCGAAGAAAGCACUGUGCAAGCAAGACUUCUUGUAUUCUACAUUAAGAAACUCAAUCUAGAUGAAAAGUACCGAUGUGAAAUAAAAGAGAUACUUGAAAUGGAAAUGAAAAUUUUGGAAGCGCUAAACUAUUACCUUAUUGUUUUUCAUCCUUAUCAGUCGUUGCCUCAGUUGGUUCAUGAUGCCGGUAUGAGUGAUGCAACUCAAUUGAUUUGGGGACUUGUGAAUGACACCUAUAAGAUGGAUCUAAUUCUCAUACACCCACCGCAUUUGAUCGGAUUAGCCUGCAUUUAUGUAGCUAGUGUGCUCAAGGAGAAAGAUAAUACAGCCUGGUUCGAAGAUCUACGAGCCGACAUGAACGUGGUGAAGAACAUAGCGAUGGAAAUACUAGAUUUCUAUGAUACCCACAAAAUGAUAACCGAAGACAGAGUGAACGCUGCCAUGCACAAGCUCAGUAUAAGAAUAUAGAUUGCGUUUCAAAGGUGAACUACACAUUUUUAUAUGUAACCUUUUGUUACAAUGGUUACCAUGCCGGCUUUUAUGGCUGAGUGCUUCAAGUUGUAGCGUUAGAUUCGUUGUUAAACAAAAUUGUUGUUAUGAACAUCGAUUCAAAGCAAAAAAAUACCCAUUUUUCAGCAUUUGACUGGGAAUCAAAUAAGAAUCGAGUAUAUUGGAUUCC